CCAUGAUGAAAGAAUCCAAACUGACUAACUUCCAACAGCGCCACAUCAUGGACACCAUGAAAAGCCCCGUAACCAACCCAUCAGCAUCCUCUCUGCUUGACCUCCAAACCAUACCCUGACUCCGACUACCUCCACCCUUGACCCCAGCGCCGUGUUUGCAAUGGCAGCCAAAGGGGUCAGGUCACUCCUCUGCUCGGAACCCUCCUGUGGCUUCUCACCUCCUGCAAAGUGAAAGCCAGUCUCUCCAGAAGCCCCAAAGGCCUCUGUGACCCCUGACCCCUGACCUCUACCCCCCCCCACCACCCCUUGCGGCCCCCUAGCCUCCUGGCUGUUCCUCUGAUGCUCUAGGCACAUUCCCACCUCAGGGCCUUGACUCUAGCCGUCCCCCCUGCCUGUGAUGCCCUUCCCUCAAAUGCCAGCCUCUUUCCACAUUGGGGUCUUUUCUCAAAUGUCACCCUCUCGCUGAGGUGAGGCCUUCAGGCUACCCUGUGCCCUAUCCCUGUACUGGCACCCUCACCAUCUAACAUACCAGACGUGUUACUUGCUUUAUCAUCAUCUACGCCCUGGAUGAAAACGCCAUGGGGCAGGACUUUGUCUCAUUACCUGAAGCCAAGUGCGUACAUGCUCAGAGGAGACGCUCUCCCGUUACACUGCAGCCCAACUUCCAGCCAGAAGGUCUUGCCUGCCAGGCAGCCGGCCUCGGCCAUCUACCUGCCACCCAUCCUGGCGGCCCGGUCCCACCUCCGGCCUGCCAGCCUGUGCCAAGCCAACGGGGCCUACAGCCGGGAGCAGUUCAGGCCUCAAGCCACCCGGGAUCUGGAGAAGGAGAAGCGAAGACUCCAGAAUAUUUUUGCCACGGGGAAGGAGCCAGAGGAAAGGAAGAGAAAGCCUCCUCCUGUGCGGCAGGAGGCCCCAGCGCCUGAGCUGGACCGGUUUGAAGAACGGAGGCAAGCCACCGCCCCUCCGGGAGCCCCCACUGCCCCGCACCGACGGCCCUCUCCCCGUCCAGUGGUGAAGGAAAUCCAGGAGAGGAAAGCGUUCCUGGCUGACAUGGAGGCCCUGGGGCAGGGCAGGCGGUACCGAGGGGUCAUCCUCACCGAAAUCUCCCAGGUAGGGGUAGCACGGGGGCUGCCCACCAUCGGCAUGGUCCAGACGGUGGCAGAAACGGAGGGGCGGCUGUGGUGGCUCCUGGAGUUCCCUCCCUGACACCCAGCUUUCCCUGGCGUCCUCUGCAGAAACUACAGGAGAUGGAAGACCUUGACCGCAAGAGGAGCGAGGAACUUAGGAAGGCUCUGGCCACCCCUUAAUCUGUCUCCAGAGGCCAGCGGGGAGCCCACCCUCCUCCACCAAAGCCUACCCCCUUGCCAAGCAGGGCCACCCCCAGGCCAGCCCACCACCCGGGCCUUCAGCCAUGUCAAGUGGCUGCAUAGCACCGGCCCCACCUAGGGCACCCUGGACAGACAGCGCCCUAGAAGGUGGGCCACGUCUCAGAAAAUGAGCUGGUUCUCCUCGAGACUCUACCCAGGGACCUGAGGUCAGCUGAGCCUCGGGGACCAGUCACAGAUGAACACACACACACACACAAAACUUGGGGUCUUUUCUCUGGGAAAGAGCCCCCCCAACAGUGAAAGCAGGGUCUAGCCCUCAGCAUCUUGGGCAUGUGGCUAAGGGCACCCCCGGGACUCUCUUCCCACGGCCUCACCCGCUGUGGGUCUCUGUGUCCGGGACAUUUGGUUUUCUGAAGUCAGGAAUGAGCGUGAGUCCUUUCUUCCAAACUUAGGACCUUAGGACAUUGACUUCUUACAGCCUUGGGCAAAUGUUUAACGACCGUGAUUAACUGGCUAAUAAAACACACACACCAUUUCAUUUUCA